AUGGCCCGGGAGUACAAGGACUUGCGACUCUUCCUGGCAGUUUUCGUGAGUGCCUGUGUGAUCAUGUGCAUUUUCCACGUCUUCGUGCUGUGUGUCUGGAUCCUGCUGGGUCUAGCCGGUUUUGGGGGGCCCCCGAAGGGGGGCUGCCUUGGCCGUCGUAGCCCCCCUCCCCAGUUCUCCGCCGAAGUCCCCGGCCCCGCUCGGAGGGCGCAGGCCGAGCCCCCUCCGCGCGGCGCUGCGUCUCUAGGAACUGAAUGCAUCCCAUCCUGCGACCCCAUAAAUGGAUUCUGCAAGGGGGACAAGAACUGCAGGUGUGAGCCUGGCUGGCAGGGCCCCAUGUGUGACCAGUGUGUGACCUCUCUCGGCUGUGUGAACGGAUUCUGCGACAAGCCCUGGCAGUGUCUUUGCAAGCCUGGCUGGGAUGGCAAACUCUGCGAUAUAGAUAUCCGGCCUUGCAUCUCCACCCCCUGCGCCAACAACGGGACCUGCGUGAACCUAGACAAUGGCCAGUACGAAUGCUCCUGCGCCCCAGGGUACUCGGGCACCGACUGCCAGAAGAAGGACGGGCCGUGUGUGAUCAAUGGCUCCCCGUGCCAGCAUGGAGGUACCUGCGUGGACGAUGAGGGCCGGGCCUCCCAUGCCUCCUGCCUGUGCCCCCCUGGCUUCUCGGGCAACUUCUGCGAGAUCGUGGCCAACAGCUGCACCCCCAACCCGUGCGAGAAUGCCGGCGUCUGCACCGACAUCGGGGGCGACUUCCGCUGCCGCUGCCCCGCCGGCUUCAUCGACAAGACCUGCAGCCGCCCGGUCACCACCUGCGCCAGCAACCCCUGCCAGAACGGGGGCACCUGCCUGCAGCAUGCCCAGGUGAGCUACGAGUGCUUGUGCAAGCCCCCGUUCACGGGCCCCACCUGCGCCAAGAAGCGGGCGGCCACCCCCGCGCAGGUCACCCACCUGCCCAGCGGCUACGGGCUCACCUACCGCCUGACCCCCGGGGUGCACGAGCUGCCUGUGCAGCAGCCUGAGCACCGCGUCCUCAAGGUGUCCAUGAAAGAGCUCAGCAAGAGCAGCCCGCCCCUCACCGAGGGCCAGGCCAUCUGCUUCACCAUCCUGGGCGUGCUCACCAGCCUGGUGGUGCUGGGCACCGUGGGCAUCGUGUUCCUCAACAAGUGCGAGGCCUGGGUGGCCAACCUGCGCUACAACCACAUGCUGCGCCAGAAGAAGAGCCUGCUGCUGCAGUACAGCGGUGGGGAGGAGCUGGCCGUCAACAUCAUCUUCCCCGAGAAGGUGGAUGCCAGCACCUUCCACAAGGAGGCCGGCGAGGAGGAGAUCUAAGCAGCACCUCCCUCCCCUUACCUGCAGGCCCCUCCU